GCAGCAACAAAAAAAACGAAAGAAAGGAAACUUAAUUUUUUUUUAAUAAAAAAGAUAAAAGGGUAUAAAAAAGUUGGAAAAGAUUAAAAACAAAAAAGAAAAAGGUUUUUGUAGAAAAAUGGUGUACUUUGAUGCUUCACGUUCUUGGUGCCUUCGUUAGGACUAGGAGUACUUUACUGAGCAAAGUUUUUUCUUUUUUUAAAAGAGAAGUUUUCUGCGUCUCCUGAGAAAAAAAAGCCUUUUUUUUUUUAUUUCAUUUUAGCUUCUUUUUUUUUUUGGUUUUGCUUUUCUUCUUGGCUAUUAUUUUUUAUGGACUUCUAAGAGAAGGCUUGAUUUGUUUGUUUGGGAGAGAAGAAAUUGUUUGUUGCAGUGAUGAGUGAGAGUAAUAGUAAUGGCGACAAUAUCAUCAAUUGUACAACGGAUCAGGCAAUUAAACUCUUCGGCAGGACAAUUCCUGUACCCGAAAUUCAGAUUUCAGACAACUCUGAUUCGGCUUCUCGGAUUCCCCCCACCACUCAACUCAUGGAAUCUUGUGGUGACAUAUCAAAAACUGAAGUGGACAGCCCCUGUGCAGAAAGCUUUCGGGAGCCCAGGAAGUUAUUGGGUUUAAGCAAUUGUAAGGAGCAGAAAAAUUCCUUGCAGGUUAAUGAAGCACAAGAAAAUACUAAACCAGUGGAAGAGAAGGUAGAUGGUAAUUGUUCAGAGCAAGAGCAAAUUCUUAAGAAGCCGGACAAGAUACUUCCAUGUCCACGAUGCAACAGUUCUGACACGAAAUUUUGUUAUUUCAAUAAUUACAAUGUCAACCAACCUAGAUACUUCUGCAAGAACUGCCAGAGAUAUUGGACAGCUGGAGGAACAAUGAGAAAUGUUCCCAUUGGUGCUGGGAGACGAAAGAAUAAGCACUUGGCCCCUCAGUACCAUCAGAUUAUGGUAUCCACUGAUGGAGUACCACCGGCUGGGUUAGAAACUAGCGAUGCAAGCAGUCCGCAAGUUUUCUCGUGCAGUGAGUCUAAACCAUCUUUCAAUCCGUCGAAUGGAAAUGGAAGAGUGAUAAAAUUCGGUCCUGAAGCACCUCUAUGUGAAUCCAUGGAGAAUGUGCUUAAUCUUCAAGACUACAAGAGAUAUGUUGAAAUGCGGUUUGUCAAUUCUGGGGAAAAUGGACCAGAGCGCUCAUGUGGAUCUUCCAUGACCCUUACAAGUGAUCGGCGAAGUGAAUUACCUGAAAAUGUAUUGCCUAGCGAGAAGGUUGGUUUGCAAGAAUAUUCUCAGGAGCAUAAUAGUAUGUUACAUCCUAUGCAUUACCCCGUUCCUCCAUUGGUUUUUUCUUGGAAUCCAGCUUCUUCUAGUUCACAAUAUUCUCAGGGCAUUUUUGUACCAAAUGGUGGUCCUAACCAAGCUCAGUGGAAUCAACCACCAAUGCUGACUGUUCCUGGCCAUUCGAGUAUGCCUUUUCCUUUUCUUCCAGCAUCAUAUUGGGGUUGUAUCCCAUCAUGGGCUUCUGGAAGAGGAAGUGUGUCAUUGACUGAAUCUAUUAAUUGUCCUUCUCCUUCUUCAUCCAACAGUAAUGGUGGCUGCUCAGGCAAUGGCUCACCGACUCUUGGAAAGCACUCAAGAGAUGCCAAUCUUAUGGAUGAAGAUAAACUAGAUAAGAGCAUUUUGGUCCCAAAAACAAUACGACUUGAUAAACCGAAUGAGGCUUCGAAAAUUCCAAAGUGGUCUACUUUAGAAAUUAAGCCUGAUCAGAAUGAGUCUGUAUUAAAAGGUAACAUUUUUAGAACUUUAGAACAUAAAACGGAAGGCAAGGACCAUUUAUAUUCUUCUCCAAUCAUGGAAGCAAACAAUGUGGCUCUAUCUUGCUCUCAUACAUUCCAACAGAGCACGUAAUUGACUUUCUUUUUGGGAAGGACCAAAGUUGUGUACUCUGCAAUUUCGCAUAAAGUUUUGUUGGAGCUUCUUUUUGUUGUGACUUAUAAAAGCCAUGUACUCUAUGUCAUUAUACACUUUUCAAUGACGAAUUCUGCAGUAAUCUCGACCUCAGCAAAACCCCAAAAUGCCAUGUUUCCCAACAGAGUUAUGAAUUUAUCUGAUUUAUUUUGAGUUAAAAGUUGUACAUAGCAGAGAAAAGUCAGUGUUUCUUUAUGGUUCACAGGCUCGUAGAUUUAAAGCUUAAACGCUAUUGUAUCUUUUUGAUUGAUAUACCAAGAGCUAUAAGCUUAAAACGCUAUGUAUCUUUUUGAUUGAUAUACCAAGAGAACGACAUAAGUCUGUUCCAACUUUUCCAUCAAUGUAUUGAAAACCUAUGUUUCAAAGCAAUAUGCCUCUGAAUCUUUUUGUAUGUU